AGCCUGCAGGCCAGGCGGGAAGGGGGAGGAGGAGGAGGAGGAGGAAUUAGUCAGUGUUCGAGGGGAGGAGAGGCGGAGGUGGACGUGGCGGCUCCGCUAGAGUUGGCCACAAGUCGCGGGCAGCGGAGGCGAAGCAGCCAUGACGCGGACCGCCCGCAGGCCGGUUCUUGUCCGGACUGGGUGGUGACGACCUGUGUCUGGAUGAAGACUGUUGGCCUUGGCUCCUCCCCUCUGUGAGUAGGCCAGUCAGUAUCUUCAGUGGUGUUUGGCGGGGGGACAUACAGCGGUCUAACUUCAGCCGUAAAGCCAGGAGACGGCGCUUCACCCCUCAAAAUGACAGACUUAGAGGCGGAGUGUUUGAGCCUCGGUCUGCCUUCUGAGGACGACUCCCCUCCGACGCCCCUGGACCCGGGCCUGCAGGUGGACUGUGGCCCAACCUCUGUGGUUCCAACUCUGGGCCUCCUCUCCUCAGACUGUCCCACUCCCACGCUGAGCUCGCUGGCAGCGGAGAUCGCAGAGCCGCUGAUCAUGCUGCCAUGCGUCAAGAGCGAGCCAGAGGACUGCGACUUGGACCCCAUACGCACAGUGGACCUGUCAGAAAUCCAGCCGCUGUCCACCGCCGAGCUGGGCCAGGACCAAAUCAAGAUGGAGAUCAGCGGGCUGGACUACAUCAAGUCGGAGCAUCACUGCGGUGACCAUUACCUGGGCUCCUUCCACCCCGGUGAUGUGACGGAGCUUGACUACAAGUCGCACUAUGAGCCCAGCUCAGUGUUUGACUACAUCUCCCAGGUGAACGACACCCUGGAGUACAUCAAGUCGGACCACCACGUAGACCUGCAGUGUUACUACGCCGCGGAGUUGGGCUCGCUGCGCUCCGAGUACCCUGAGUCCAACAUGGCCUCGGUCCAGUUGCAGCACAAUGGCCUGGAGUCCAUCCACAUGGCCGAACUCCGCAGCGAGCUCAACAAGCUGCGGCCCGACUCCCUGCUGCUGGACGGGAUGGCCAAGGCGGAGCCUGGCUUUGGGGGCGGGCCUUUGUACGAGGCGUCAUCGACCGAGGAGGGAAAGACGACGGGUCGCGUGGAAGGCCAAGAGGGCGGUGGCGUGGCGACUAAAGGCCUGACACAGGCGGUGAGGAAGCCUCGCAACAUGCAGGGCGAGAAGCCAUUCUCAUGCACGCAGUGUGGCAAGAACUUCAGCACGCUGGGCAACCUGAAGACGCACCAGCGCAUUCACACGGGCGAGCGGCCGUACACGUGCGCCCAGUGCGGCAAGAGCUUCGGCCAGGCCGGCAACCUCAAACGCCACCAGCUGAUCCACACGGGCCAGAAGCCCUACGUGUGCGCCCACUGCCCCAAAGGUUUCACCAAGGCCGACGACCUGCGCGCCCACCAGCGCCUGCACACGGGCGAGCGCCCCUUCGCUUGCGCUGCCUGCAGCAAAGCCUUCAGCCAGGCCAAGGAGCUCAAGGCACACCAGCUGAGCCACACGGGCGAACGCCCAUAUUGCUGCCAGCACUGCGGAAAGAGCUUCGGCAAGGAGUCGGCAUACCGCAACCACCUGCACGUCCACGCGGGCGGAAAGCCCUUCGCCUGCUUGCAGUGCGGCAAGACCUUUAGCAACUCUGGCGUGCUGAAGACCCACCAGAGGAUCCACUCGGGGGAGCGGCCCUUCGGUUGCGUGCAGUGCGGCAAGAGCUUCGGGCGCCUCGGACACCUUAAGGCGCACCAGCACGUGCACACGGGCGAGCGGCCGCACACCUGCGCACGUUGCGGCAAGACUUUCAGCCAGUCGGGUCACCUCAAGGCGCACGAGCAGAUCCACAAGCGCGAGCGAGCCGACAGUAGCUAGACCACCUUGGACCUCUGGCGACCACAAAGUAUUACUAUUCUGCUUUUUUACCUACCGUGUAUAUGAACCUUUCUUACCUUUCCUACUUUUCUGCUCUGCGUGCGUGUGUGCCAGUGUGCGUCUGUCUGUGUGUGUGUGCGUGUCUGGGUGUGUGUGUGUUGCCAAUUCUCAAAUGACUCAAGCUGCAAUGAUCUAUGACAGCGUUUCCAGUGGCUUACACAAGCACAACCAGGAAGUACCUCACAAAACACCUUUUUUACUUCCUGUGGAUGGAUGAAAACAUGGAAUGUAGUAAUACUGCAGUAAUACAGGUGCCAUUGUUAGAUGACCACACGUGAGGGCCCCCUACUGGCCGCUGGGAGAAACGCUUUUGAUGACUUCAUCUGCUUUUAUGCUAAUAAGACAGGUUUUGUAUGCGUCUUUUCAAAAACGUCAUUAAAAUGAAACCAGUUCUUGUACUGCCAACU